AGGACAAGGGAAAUAUUUCAGCAGCGCAUUACUCUGCACAGUAUCUUGCAGGUUGAAGCCAGGUGAUUGGGUCCUGAUUCGAGUUCUCCAUAGAAAGAAUUGGAGCUCGCCCCACUGGGAAGGUCCCUACCAAGUGCUCAUCACCACACCAGCCGCCUGUAAGAUAGCAGAGAGACCAUCUUGGAUUCACCAAAGCCACUGCAAGAAAGUGAGUGACAGCCCAGACUCAUAGACUCCAGCACCCCUACCUUCUGGUGAUCUACCUGGUGAAGAGAGGGCUGAUUGGGUAUAUCCCGCCCUCUACUUCUCGCCAGUAGUCUACUCACCCGAGGAUCUAGGUGUGUUUGGCUGUCAUGAAGACACUCGCCGUCCUAGCAGCUGUCCUCCUGCUCCUAGCAGGACUCCUCGCACUUUUCGAGGACAAUAAAGAACAAAACACAAGCCAAACGUGCCGCCAGCUUUUCGGGCGUUGGCUAUCAGCAUAAUAAAAUCAUCAUCAACGAGACAAGCUCAUCUACCAUCUACUCGCUUAACUUCCUUAGUAUCUUUCAGGGACCACCCCAGCAUGAGAUAAUCACCAUUGAAGACGCUGGACUUGACAAUGGAACAUGUGACCAACUUUUCUGGAUCAACUUCAACGUGACAAACCGGAACACAUCCAUUCACUUCCCAGUGUUCUUGGACCAAACCCCAGGAAGAACCACUCAUGUGCUACCAGCAAAACAACGGUAACAGACCGCUUGGAAACACCACUAACUGUAAUCAGACCGCUGGAAGUGGAGAAGGUGCCUCUGUGAACAUGACCGGCCCCUCAAAUGGCACUUACUGGGUCCAAGGAAUGGCCUGGCUAUGUGGACAACGUGCUUAUUUCAUACUACCCCCAGGCUGGACCAGAGUUUGUGCCCCCAUCUUCAUAUCAGACCACACCUUCAGGAUGACCGCUGUAAACACCACCCCAACCACACGACGGAAAGGAAGAUCAACAUCUCCAGGUAUCCAACCACACGACCCCGUGUACGGCAGUGAUGUGCCCGAGGAAUUCAAACUAUGGACCACUGGACAGAAGGUCCUCCACUCACUGUUUCCGUGGGUUGGAACCGGAAAAAACAUGUUAAGGAUUGAAACAUUGGAUUAUCGCUUUGGACUCUUUCUGAACGCAUCAUGUAAAAUCAACGACGAACAAAACCAAGAAAUCGACGCUCUGCGCAUUGCAGUAAUGCAACACAGAGUAGCAUUGGAUAUGAUUCUCGCCGAGAAAGGAGGACUAUGUGUCCUCUUCGACAACACCUGCUGUACCUACAUCCCGGACAAUGUGCAUUCCUCAAACAUGACUGAUGCUCUGAAUGCCUUGAGGCAACUGAAGGAAGCCCAAAGUCAGGACUAUGUGAAAAACACCACUGAUUGGUUCCCCUGGCUUUUCAACGGCUCACGGCUACAAGUACUGAAGAGACUACUCAUUGGAGUUGGAGUGUUUUUAAUUUUGUUCUGCUUCUUUGCCACAUGUGUUAUCCCAUGUCUAAAAGCCAUAAUCAAACGAAUGAUUAACACCUCACUUGCAGCAUACGUCAGUAUUCCACUUGAUUUAGAACCUAAUGAUGAGAGUGAAGAUGAAAAUGAUGAAAAUGCCACUGUUUAAAAUUAUAAUGUGAAUAUAACCAUGUUUGAUUAAAAUCACAUACACAAUGACGAGCUACUUGAAAAUGCAGACAGCAAGAAAGUAGACUUUGAUGUUUUAAGCAUGUUUUAUGAAGAAAUUAAAUCAGCAAAAACAGGAGGGAAUGUUAA